CGGGCCCUGUACAGAAAUCAAAAGUCCAAACUUGGUACAGAGCUCUCUCACUCUCAGCAAUGGCUUCUGCAGUGAUGAAGAAAACCCUAAAUUCAAUCAAAAACCCUCUCAUCCUCCGAGGACUCUCCUCCCAGACCCUCCGAUUCAGCGCCGUCGCCACCGCCAGCAACCAUGAAUCGGAGGGUGCAUCAUCGUCCUUUACGUUCAACGAGAAGAACAGUGAUAAGGAUGAUAGUAUACAUGUCAAAGGUCCAAGCUCGAAUCCCCGACGCGAAACGACGUCGGUGACGAUGCCGAUGUCGUUCAUGACGGGAUCAAUCGUGGGUAAGAGGUUCUACAAGCAAGCGAGUACUAGAGAGGCUGAUGAUGGAAAUGGUUGGACAGUGAUGCUUGAUUACAGAACGCUCAAGACUCCUUCCAAGAGGCCCCUCAAGCUCCCUACGCUCUCUCUCGCUAAGGCUGUAGCUGCUGAAUGGGAAUAUCAGCAAACAGAUGGGAUCAGACCCUUUACCAUGCCUCUCAUGAAACUCGCGUGUACUGCGCUUGAAAGGGUUCCCCUCACACGGAUGAAGAUUAUUGAAUAUUUGAUGAAGAAGUUUCAUCAAGAUUUAGUUUUCUGUCGCGCUCCUGGGGAUAGUGAUCUCACUAUUGGUGUCCUUGAACGGCAAGUGGAGAAAAUUGAUCCUUUACUGCAAUGGGUAGAAUCACAGUUUGGCUUUAAGCCUAUUGUGUACUCUUGUUUUUUUGGUGGUAAACAGGAGGAUGGUCUUGUAAAUGCUAUUGAAAACCUUUUGAAGAAAACAGAUGACUGUGAAUUGGCAGCCAUAGAUGCAAUUGCUUCAGCGGCACAUUCUUUAACCAUUGCUAUUGGAAUAUUUCGUGGGAAAUUGCAGAUUGAGGAGGCCAUUGAGUUGAUUAGACUUGAAGAAGAUUUGCAGGUGGACAAGUGGGGUCUGGUCGAAGGUGGUCAUGAUGUUGACAUUGCUGAUCUCAAAGUACAAAUUUCAUCUGCUGCUGCAUUCCUUGGACUUUCCAGGAGAUACUGACUUCCCCUUUCCUAUCUCCUACCACGGGGAUAAAACAUGAUGUGAACAAAUUUAGAAGAGCCUAAAACUGCGGAGAAACAAUCUGAAAAUGAAUGGGAAAUGCUGCUGGACUCUGGAUGGAUACGUCACUCUCAAUUGUUGGUGGUUCUGGGCCUGUCUAAAAUGCCUGUUACUGUAGCUUCCCAUUUCUAGUUGAUAGGAUGAAGUGAAAAGUGAAAAUAAUGAGAUGGAUGCGCAAGGACUCGCUGCAAAAUCAACCCAAGAAGCCCACAACCAAGAGUACCUGCCAGUCAAGGUGCUUCUUCACAGCACUGCACACAAAGUGGUGGCUGUUUCUUUAUAUCGCAGUAACAGCAAGCAAUAUCACAGUUAUUGUGGCAUCCUAGAGAAAAGAGAAGUCCAAAAUCUCAGCAAUUUUUCCAAAUUUGAGGGAAUUUAGCCUUACAAGAAUAUGAGUAAACUAACCAUCCAGGGUUUGGUUUCCUCACCUGUUACCUUAAUAUACUGAGAUGAUACUAGAUCUUGAGGAUUUAUGAGAAAUGGGAGGCGGCUGCUGGCAGCAACUACAUUGAUCCUAACAUGGGCAAAGGCAAUGCUGCAAGCCAAAAGACAAGAUACUGCCAACAACUUCAGCAUAUCAAUGUGUUUGAUGGUGGAUUAGCUGUUCAGUAGGUAAAAUUUCCUCUUUCCACCUGUUUAUAUAGGAUCAACUGCAGGUAGAGUUUAGGAGAUCAGAGAACCUAACGCAUUUUGAUCUGGCUCAAAAAACAUUUAAUUACCUCUUUUAUAUAAGAUUGCAAACCAUAUGUAAGGAUUAUGUUGCUAUAGGCCUGUAUAGUGUGUGUCGUUUAAGUGGGAAUAAAAAGGAAUCAUAAUAACCAUA